AUGGAAAGUAUGUUAACUGAGCUAACCUUAGAGUCUGGCAUAGAAUUCUCUGAAUUUUUACGUAUGUCGACAUCUGACUUUGAAAUACCACUACAGGAACUCGCACCACUUAUCACCAAAAAAGAUACGAAACUCAGAAAAGCAAUUCCUACAAAGGUUUGGUUCUGUGGUGACGGAGAUGGCGAUGGAUGGAUUGAAGACUGUAAGUUUGGUUAUGUGGUGACGGAGAUGGUGAUGAAUGGAUCGGUGACUGGUAGGUUUGGUUCUGUGGUGACGGAGAUGGCGUUGGAUGGAUUGAAGACUCGUAAGUUUGGUUCUGUGGUAACGGAGAUGGUGAUGAAUGGAUCGGUGACUGGUAGGUUUGGUUCUGUGGUGACGGAGAUGGCGUUGGAUGGAUUGAAGAUUGGUAAGUUUGGUUAUGUGGUGACGGAGACGGCGAUGGAUGGAUCAGAGAUUGAUAUUGAUGUGCUCGGUCAACCCGAUCUAUCAUGCAUACUUUAA